CAAAUAAUUUGACUUUGUUUUAACCUCAAACGCGCUUAGCUUUCUACAGCGCUGCGACGCGUGAGCUCGUGAAUCCUCAUAUAGCUUGGAUUUAAAUAUGGUUUUACUUCACACGUGCGAUUGUUUCCUAAAAUGAACAGCUAUUUGGAGUCGCGUAAAAAAACAACACACUGGUGGUGUUCGAUUAUACUGGGUUUCGUUCUUUUUUUCAAGUUUUUUUUAAAUAUCUCGACCAGUUUUGCUCUGCAAUGCCCGGGACCAGAUGCACAGUUGCUGUUUGCAACAACAGCUAUGACAAAACCAAAAGGGCUGGUAUGAAUAUAAUUUAUCACAAAUUUCCCAACAAUCAACCAUACAGGGAUAUUUGGAUCAGGUCUUGCAGAAGAGCUGGAAAAUGGAAUCCUGCCUCGUGCCAUAUAUGUUCAAUUCAUUUUACAGAAAAUGAUUACAAACAAGUUCCUUACUUUGUACGCAAUGUAUGUCGCACAAAAAAAAGAUUAAAGCCAACAGCUGUGCCUUCUUUAUUCUUGUUAGUUCCUCCGCCUAUAGAGCUUGAAACACGAUAUCGAAAAAGAAUGAAGCAAUUUGUAGAUGCAGAUGAAGAGACAACGCAAGAGACAAUCUAUUCUGAUAAUGAGACUGAUAAUACUCAACAAUUUGCUGAGGAUAUACUAAUGGCUGAAGUUGAUCUAGUCGAGGGUUCAAACAAUUUUGAAUUAUAUGACGAAGCAAAAGAACUCGAUGAAGACUUAAAGGGCUUUGAAGCAUAUUAUGAAGAAAAUGAAGGCGAUGAAGUUAUUGGAGAAAGAUACCUAUCAUCAACAAAUAGCAACUUUGUUACAGUAAGAGACUGUUCAACACAGACUGACACUGAUUAUUUUUUGCAAAACUAUCAAUUAAUAGUAGAUAAGAAAAAAAGCCUUGAAAAUGAGUUAGCAAAAUGGAAUGAUAGAUACAAAAGGUUGAUGAUGAAUGUCAAAUAUUUAGAAGCAAAAGUUCAAAAUUUGACAGUGGGUUCAGAAGAGAUGCACUCCGUAGGCAGAAUUAAAAAACGAAAGUAGUCAUUAGUUUCUAGUAUAACUUUGAUAAGCUUUUUAAGGAUGUAGCUUAGAGUCACAAAAAGUUACAUGUCACAAAUAUUUACAAAAAUGUAUAAAUAAGGCUGUUAACGUUACUAUUUUCAUACAAGGUUGAGCCCAGUAGUUUUAUUGCUUUGUUAUAAAAUUGUUGUAUUUUAGAUUAGCAAAAACCAUGAUCUAACGUUACUUCGAAAAUAAUUUGUUGUUUAUUUUACAUAUUAACAUGCUCAUAUUAUUAGUUGUCUUUUGUCUACGUUUUCAAUUUGAAUAACUUGCUUCUUUGUAAAGAAGUGUUGAAGGCAGCCUCUUUGAUAUUACUAGAUUAGUUAAGACUCAUAAACGGUUAACAAAUUUGAGAAAAGUACAAAGAGAACCAAAUCUGAAAAACUGAUAACUGAUAGAUAUACUUAUAAACUUUGACUUUUAAUACGUUAAUUUGCAUAUGUAGUUGCUUACAUAUGAAAAAAAAUCUAUAUCCAAUCAUGACAGCGUAUUCGUAUUUUUAUAAAAAAAAUAAAUAUUUUUCAAACAUUGUAA